UAGUUAACGUCGCCCCAAAAGAAAAGCACAAACAAAAAAAAAAACGCACCUCGAACAGAUCGCAAAUAAAUUAAUAAUAAAGAAAAAAUCAAUCAAUUAACGAAUUCAUCAGCCAAAGGCCUUACUAGUGUUGUGUUUAUAAAAUUUUGUGUAAAAUUUCUGUGCAUGGUUUCUGAAGGUUAAACCGAAAAAUCGAAUAUCCGACAGCAACAAAAUUAUAUAUAUAUAUAUAUAUAUAUAUCUAUAUACAUAUAUAUACAUAAAUUUGUAUAUAAGCAAAUCCCUUACGAAACAACAACAACAACAACAAAAUCUCGUGUACAACAAUUAACCAACAGUUUCGAAUUGUUCAAGAAACAACAACAUCUACAUCUACAACAACAACAACAAAAGCAGCAACAAACAUUUUCUGGACACGAACUAGAAAAUUUAGUACGUCGCAUCAGUUUUUGGCCAACGCUCAGAUACAGAUACAUCUGCGGCCAGCAGCAGCAGAAAUCAGAUAAAAUAUAUUCAACAAAAAUUUUUAGAAACUUUUCAAGCUCCCCCCGCAUCCCCUCAACAAAUUCCGGCUUAGUGCAAUAGGAAAAUGGCCCAACCACAAUUGCUGCAAAUCAAAUUGUCACGUUUCGAUGCCCAGCCCUGGGGAUUUCGCCUGCAGGGCGGUGUGGACUUUGCCCAGCCGCUGUUAGUGCAAAAGGUGAACUCGGGCAGCCUUUCCGAGCAGGCUGGCCUGCAGCCGGGCGACGCAGUCAUCAAGAUCAAUGACGUUGAUGUCUUCAAUUUUCGUCACAAGGAUGCCCAGGACAUUGUGGUGCGCUCGGGCAACAAUUUUGUCAUCACAGUGCAGCGCGGCGGCUCCACCUGGCGUCCACAUGUGACGCCCACCGGCAACCUGCCCCAGGCCAAUUCGCCCUAUUUGCAGACAGUGACGAAAACUUCUCUGGCUCAUCAUCAACCGGACAGCCAGCACAUUGGUUGUGGCUACAACAACUCGGCGCGUCCAUUUGCCAACGGUGGCGGCGAUGGCGGCGUGAAGAGCAUCGUCAAUAAACAAUACAACACCCCGGUUGGCAUUUACAGCGAUGAAUCUAUUGCGGAAACACUCUCCGCCCAGGCGGAGGUUUUGGCUGGCGGUGUGCUCGGUGUCAACUUUAAGAAGAACGAAAAGGAAUACCAGGCCGAUCGCUCGGAGGUGCUGAAGUUCCUGCGCGAGGAGGAAACAGGUGGAUCGACUCCAGAGCCGCACAGCCCGGCCAACUUCUACUGGACGCAGAGCCACGCGAUUGGCGGCAACGAGCGCCGCACGCCGCUGCCCCACAGCCAAAUGCAGGCGCAGUCGCAGUCGCAGGCAGGACGCCAGGAUGAGCGCAUCGGCACCAAUUUGCAGCAAAAUACGCUGGCGCCGGCGGCCACGCACAGGCCCAGUCUGCCGGUUGCGAAGCCCCAGCAGACCGAGGAGGAGCAGCUGCAGCAGCAGCAGGAGCAGGCCGAUCCGCGCAUCAUUGUUAUGCCCAUAUGCCCGGCGCUGCAGGGUCCCGACUACAAGGCGGAUAUGGAUGCGGCUGCAGCGGCAUUGGCCAGCGAUGCUGGUGGUGUGCGUCCUUUGUCCGCCAGCGGACAUCCGGCAUGUCAAUUGUGCGGCGUGGGCAUUGUCGGCGUUUUUGUGCGCAUCAAGGACAAGAAUCUGCACGUGGAGUGCUUCAAGUGCGCCACUUGUGGCACCUCCCUGAAGAACCAGGGCUACUACAACUUCAACAACAAGCUCUAUUGCGACAUUCAUGCCAAGCUGGCUGCCCAGCAGCAUCCACCAGCCGGCACCGAGGGCUAUGUGCCAGUGCCCAUUAAGCCGAACACCAAGCUGAGCGCCAAUACCAUCUCCUCGGCCUUGAGCUCCCACGGCUAUGGCAGCAAUGGCUACUCGAAUGGCAAUGCCACGCCCACACCGGCACCGGUCAACCAGGGCUAUGCGCGCCCCUACGGCGCCUCUCAGCCGCCAGCGGCAGCGCCCAAGUCGCCGGUGCCGGUAUCCUCGUAUCCACCGCAGCAGCAGCAGCAAUCGCCACGCCCCGCUGGCAAUCCCUAUGCCACCUUGCCGCGCUCCAAUGUUGGUCAACAAGGUAAGACGAUGACAGAAGGCUUGCAGCCGCAGUUUGAGGAGGAAUGCUAUGAGGUGGACGUUGAGGUCGCCUUGGCCGCCAGUCGACGCUCCCACGGCUCAAGCUUCUCCUGGCCACCGCCACAGGACGAGGGUCACACGGCGCCAACAGCUGCGCCCCUUUAUAUAGCGCCGCCCGAGACGCAGCAUGUAGUGGUGGCAAAUCCUGUGCAGGAGGUGCCACCGCUGCCGCCGGGCAGUGCUACCUCGCGACUCGAUCCGCAGCCGCAAGUGCAGCAGAAGUCGCAACAGGCGCAGCAGUUGCAGCCGGCGCAGGCUCCUCAGUGGCAGAGCUACUCGGCGCCACAGCUGACCAAUCAACGGGUGCAGCAGGCACAACUGGAACAGGAAUCGAGCUCGGACAGCUACACUUCGACAUCGACAACGACAACCAACACCUCGGAGGAGUACCAGCGCAUGUAUGCCGCCCAGCUGCAGGCCUAUCAGAUGCAGCAGGCCUUUGAGCAGUCCGGCUCCGAGCUGGACUAUCAGCUGUACUAUGGCAGUGCCCAGGAUGUGCACGAGUCUGCGUCGGGCCGGCGAAGCGCACAGGAAUGCGUCGACUCGCUCUCAGCACCGCUGAGCACCUACAAGCUGAUCGAUAUGGUAAGGGAAGUGACGCCCAGUCCCGUUCCGGCGGCAGCGCCAGCGCCCGCACCUGCUGGACGCCACGUGGCAUUCAACGAUGAGCCCGAGAUCAAGGAGCUGCCCCAGCUGCACACAGAGCUGGAGACGAUACCUGAGUCGGCCGCGGAGGCCGAGCAGGCAGCCGCUGCAGCCGCUGUGACAGCCUGGGUAGACGACGACGGGCAGGCUGAUGAUCGGGAGGGCCUGAUCAUCGAUCAGCGCUGUCAGAUCCUUGAGAGCGAGCGCAUGUUUCAGCCAACGCCAGAGAUUAACUUUGAAAUAGCGCCCGUGCGCCAACGUCCGGCGCCCUCCAAGAUACCCAAUCCCAUGCCCAAGGAGUGGAUCAAUCCCAUGAUUCGAGUGCUUACCACAGCACCGGAAGUGCCCUUCCAUCUGGUCGAGUGUCCAUUCCCCAAGCCCUGCGAUGAUGAUUUCGAGGCAGCUGCGGCUGCGGCUGCCGACGCAGCUGAAGAGCCAGCAGUCGUCGUCCCUCCUGCUCCAUCUACUGUUGCCGCUAGUCUACCUACUGCCCCCUCGGACAGCUAUGGCUCAGAGUUUCUGCGCGAGUCUCCACCAUGCGGCACUCGGUUCAGUCAGGCAAUGGCAACGGCGCCCGAGUUUCCGGUACGCUUUGCCCCACCCGCCGCGGAGGGUGUGCCGCUGCCCGAGGAGACCGUGCCAUAUAUGCCACCGCCCAUGGAUAUGAAACCCUAUCUGCGCGAAGAUUACCGUCCCAAGAGUCCGUUCGUGAGCGCCCUGACCACCGCACCUGAGCGUCCGUUCGAGGGACACUUCGAUCGGGACGUACCCAUCCAUUUGAUAGACCUGCCCACACCCAAGGAGCACUUGACAAUGGGCGAUGCGCUGUGCACGGCGCCCGAUCGCGGCUACACCCCACUGAAUCCCGAGAAUGCGACGCAGCGCAUUGACGAGGAGCAAAAGCAGCAGGAACUAAAAAAAUAUGAAUUUCAGGUGCUCGACCAUGAGGAGGAACUGGGCAUCAAGCCGCAGCCGCCAGAAUCUGUCGAAUACUACAGAACGGAGCCGCAGCAGCAGCGCAAAUCGUCAGCAUUUGCGGCAAUGCAAGCAUUCCAGCCGUCUCGCGAACCGCUUUCCUCCUCCAAUCCCAACACAGUCACAAACACGCCGCGCGCCUCCAUUGCCUCCCUGUCCAAAGAACAGACCGAUCUUGAGUACCAGAAGUACUGCAAGGCGCAGCAGCGCAAUCAAAAGCGACUCGACUACUAUCACAAAAAGGAAGAGGAGCUCCAGAGCCAGCAACACUCUCACAACCAGACACAGAUGAUCCAUCAACUGAAACAGCAACAACAUCAACAACAGCAACAACACAUUGAGACUAACUCGUCUAACUUGAACUCGAACUCGCUUGUUACCGCUUCCAAUGCGACUGCUUCCUCUAACUCCUCUUCCACAGUCCAACAGUCCACCAACAGCACCAGCACCAGCACCGCCAACUCCAACUCCAAAUCAGCUUACGUCGCCCAAGUAGAGACCCAGGCGCAGGUCCAGGCCAGCAGCCGGUCCUCCUUUUCAGCCACAACCGCCUCCAACCUGACAGCUGUAAAUACCGCUUAUAGUAAAUUCGAUGCCCACGAGCUAAUCGAGGAAACCGCCGAGGAGCUCGAGCACUCAGAGGUUUUAUUCCCGCCACCGUCCCCGCUCAGCCAUCUCAAGGGCAAAGCCGUACAGUCCGGCCUGCAUAAGGCGGACACCAUACCCAAAUAUCAGCGCAACUGGACAGUGCUGCCCACCCAGAGUCCCAUACGCACACCGGAGCCACAAGAGCUGCGCGACAAUGUCCCGCUUGCUUUCGUAGAUGCACCCAAGGCGCAAGCGCCCAGCAGCUCCGAGACUGUACAUAGACCCAUUGCCAAGGUUUCAACGGGGGGUACGACUGGGCCGGCGCCAACGGCUGCCCGCGGCUCGAUUGCCUCCCAGGGCAAGCCAACGGUGCAGCCGUCAGUGCCCAUCAUCAUAGAGGAUCGUUCGGGUCCAGUAACGAUGGCUUUUCAAUCACUAGAUGAGUACGAGCGGCCCGACCAUUCGCUGACGCCCACGCGGCCCUACACGCCCUCCUCGGUCUCGUCGAUGAUCAACAAGCCGGCACCGAUAAUUCCCUUCUACCAGACGACCGAGAAGCUCUGUUUCGACGAGUGCCCAGCGACGCAUGCGCGCGACUACGAUCAGGGCGCCGCCUCACCCUUUCCGGAUCGCGCACGCUCCCCGGCGCCCGGCCCUCCACCCAAUCCGCUCUCGGCCAUACGGGCGCCACGCAUGAAGGAGCCGGACUCAACGCUGCUCUCAGUCGCCGCCGGGCCACGCCUGCAGGCGGGCUCCAUAACGACCGGCCAGAGCUACCAGGGCCAGCUACUGGCACACUCGGAGCUCAGCACGCAGUCGGGUAGCCAAAGCUACAGCCAGCAACCGGAGACGCUCACCGAACGGAAGAUUGGCAAUCUCAGCGUACAGCAGCGGGAGCAAUCGUCGCUGCUGCAGCAGCAGCAACAGUCACAGCUGCAGAGUCAGACCAAGACCCAAAUAGGCAACACACAGAUCGAGCGCAGACGCAAGGUGACCGAGGAGUUCGAGCGCACCCAGAGCGCAAAGACCAUCGAGAUACGCACCGGCUCCCACUCGCAGUCCCAAGCCCAAUCACAAGCUCAGCUGCAGUCACAGUCUCAAGUGCAGUCUCAGGCUCAAUCGGAGUCGACGGAACGCCGUCAAUCCUAUGGUCGCACGGGCUAUGUGGCCAAUCAGGCGCGUCGCCUGUCUGGCCUGGAGCAGGAGAUCAGCAGCCUGACCAGCCAGUCGCAGGCCAUCAGCGCGAGGGCUUCCACGCUGGGCGAAAGCACCUUUCCCCAGCUGCGCUCGCCCACCUUUGAGGAUAGGUUUCCACUAAAACCGACGGCCGCUGAAGCCAUGACGCCCAGCUAUGCGGCUGGACUGGUCGCAGCCAAUAAGCUGCUAGGUCCACCGCCUGGAUUCAAGCAGCAGCAACAGCAGCAGUCCGCCUUCAAGUCCACGUCCGAGUCGGUCUCCAAUUCGCAGCAGCAGCUGCGCUCUCAUGCCAACAGCUCAUCACUCGCAUCAGCCUCAGCAAUUACAUCCGCAUCUGCAUCAUCAUCAGCAUCAAGGUCGGCGCAAGCCAGUCUAACCAAAGCUUCUGCUAUUACUACCACGACUAAUAAUCAAGCCUGCGCCGCCUACAGGGGCGCAGCAUCAGCUGCAGCCACUGGCAGCAGCCUAUCCGCUGCGCUGGCCAAGCUGCCAAAUAAAAAUGCUUCUAAUGCAGCUCAGACGGCGCCAAAGCCAACAAUUGCCGCCGCCGCUGCUCCGCCCGCGCCAGCUAGUUUUCCGCCCAAUAUAUGUGACUUGAACUCUAAUGUUGAUGGUUCCACAGGUGCUGGCGGCAAGAGCGGUGCCUUUGGCGCCACAUCGGCCCCGAAACGUGGACGCGGCAUUCUCAACAAGGCCGCCGGACCGGGCGUGCGCAUCCCGCUGUGCAACAGCUGCAAUGUGCAGAUCAGGGGCCCCUUCAUUACGGCUCUGGGCCGCAUCUGGUGCCCGGAUCACUUCAUUUGCGUGAACGGCAACUGUCGUCGUCCACUGCAGGACAUUGGCUUCGUUGAGGAGAAGGGUGAUCUCUACUGCGAGUACUGUUUCGAGAAGUAUCUGGCGCCCACCUGCAGCAAGUGCGCUGGCAAGAUCAAGGGCGAUUGCUUGAAUGCCAUUGGCAAGCACUUCCAUCCCGAGUGCUUCACGUGCGGCCAGUGCGGCAAGAUCUUUGGCAACACGCCCUUCUUCCUGGAGGACGGCAAUGCGUACUGCGAGGCCGAUUGGAACGAACUGUUCACCACCAAGUGCUUCGCUUGCGGCUUCCCCGUCGAAGCCGGCGACAGAUGGGUGGAGGCACUCAAUCACAACUAUCAUAGCCAAUGCUUCAACUGCACUUUCUGCAAACAAAACCUGGAGGGUCAGAGCUUCUACAACAAGGGCGGUCGUCCCUUCUGCAAGAAUCAUGCGCGCUAAGGUCGGAACAGAUCUUUAACGGCUCGACUUUGGACUUCAGGGAUCACGCACACUAACAACUACACCAACAACAACAACACCACCAACAACAACAACAACUCGAUUUACUAGCAACAACAGUUCUUAACUAAGCCCCAAGCGUAACAGUGAGCUGUUCGCAUAGCUUUUUAUUGCAAUUAUCAAAGUAAAUGAUGCCUAAUUAUUAUACUUAAUUUCCUUUUAAUUUGUUUUUUGAACUGUUAUCCUAAUUUUAAAUGAACGGAAAUGAAAAACUGCAAACGACACGAAAUCGAAUUAGAUACAACAGCAGCAGUCCAUAUAUCUCUCUCUCUAUAUAAAUAUAUAUAUAUAAAUAUAUAUAUAUAU